AUGGCGGCUACUCCAGAAGAAGAGCAACCGUUGCUCUCAUCGUCUCCAUCUCCAUCAAUAACCCAGGUAUCUACACGGUCGAGCUCCAAGACAGCAUAUGGAAGCGACGAAGAAUCAAACGGAACAAUAGCCGUUGGAGAGGUAUCCCGCGAAAUCGAGGACGACGUCCUACCCGAAACCUCAGUACUUGGAAGGAACAUUACCUGGCCGAGCGCGUACAUUCUCGUCAUAUCGCGCGUCAUUGGCAGCGGCAUCUUUGCAACUCCAGGUGCCAUCCUGCGAGGAGUCGGAAGUGUCGGGUUGAGCCUUUCGCUCUGGUUUGCAGGUGCUAUCAUCGCUGCCUGCGGUCUGGCGAUAUCCCUCGAAUAUGGCUCCAUGCUCCCAAGAUCGGGCGGCGAGAAGGUCUACCUGGAGUUUACAUACCGAAAACCGAGAUAUCUAGCAUCGACUCUGGUGGCAGUACAGGCCGUUCUGCUUGGAUUUACUGCGAGUAACUGCAUCGUUUUCGCUCAAUACACGCUUUUCGCCUUCGACAUUGAGGGAACGGAUUUCAUCCGGAAGACCUUAGCGAUUGGCCUUCUUACAAUCAUCACCAUCAUCCACGGGUGUUUUCUGAAGACUGGAAUCCGGAUACAGAAUUUCCUUGGAUGGCUCAAGGUCGGCCUUGUCAUUUUUAUGAUCUUCGCUGGUCUGUUCGUGGUAGUAUUCCAGCGCCACGACACAGAGGUCAGAAGAAACCAUUUCCCGCCUGCAGAGGAUCUCUGGAAAGAUUCGGACUGGAGCUGGGGUGUCAUCUCUACUGCGUUGUUCAAGGUCUUCUACUCGUAUGCGGGGCUUAAUAACGUCAACAACUCAGUUUCAGUCACCGCACUGGCCACGGCUUGCAUAUUGUAUGUUUUGGUCAAUAUUGCGUAUUUUAUUGUCGUCCCGCUAGAGGAAAUCCGCGAUAGCGGCGAGUUGAUCGCUGCACUGUUCUUUGAGCGUAGUUUUGGUCCACAGUUAGGGAAGAAGAUUCUCCCCCUCGCAGUUGCAUUGUCUGGCGCUGGGAAUGUCAUGGUUGUUACUUUUGCUCUGGCUCGACUGAACCAAGAGAUUGCCCGUCAGGGAUUUUUACCCUUUUCGAAGAUUCUGGCGUCCUCGAAGCCUUUCAACGCCCCGUUGGGAGGACUCAUUGUACACUACAUCCCAUCACUUUUGGUCCUAGCACUUCCUCCGUCUGGAGACGUCUAUUCCUUCAUUUUGGAAGUUGAAGGGUAUCCCGGACAAAUUUUCGCACUUGCUGUAUCAGUUGGCCUUUUGAUACUGCGUUACCAGCGGCCUGACCUCAAACGGCCGUUCAAGGCCUGGAUUGCAGCCGUGGUCUUUCGGAUUGGCCUGAGUGCCGCACUUCUAGCUGCGCCGUUCUUCCCUUCGAAGGACAAGGUCAACAAGGGAGGAAUUUGGUAUGCUACUUACGCCGUAGUUGGGAUUAGCAUUAUCGUAUUUGGCUUGCUUUACUGGUAUAUCUGGACACGUUUGAUCCCCAAAUUGAGGGGAUAUCGCCUCGAAGAAGAGACGAGUAUUCUUAAUGACGGCACGACAACCUACGAGCGGCCGUUCGAGAGCCACAAGGCCACGGUGCGCGACGUCCGCGGGCGGGAGAGCGAGUACACGCUCGACGGGAACGGGUUCGAGUUUUACAAGCACACGAGCGAGGAGAAGGAUUUCCUGGACGAGGAGCAGAUCAAGAGCAGGUAUUACCCGGAGACGGAGCAGUUGCUUAAGGAUGCGACUGGCGCAUCCCGCAUCUUCAUUUUCGACCACACGAUCCGUCGCCAACCCAACACGCCCGCCAGCACAACCAGCCGCAACCUCCGCGGCCCCGUCCAGCGCGUCCACAUCGACCAGUCGUACUCCGCCGCGCUGUCCCGCGUCCCGCACCACCUCCCCGAGGAGGCGGAGGAGCUGCUGAAGGGCCGCGUGCAGAUCAUCAACGUGUGGAGGCCGAUCAAGACGGUGCAGCGGGAUCCGCUAGCCGUCGCCGAGGCGAGCAGCGUCGAUGAUAAGAGUUUGGUGGUUACCGAGCUGAUUUAUCCGACGAGGAGGGGCGAGACGUUUGCUGUUAAGCAUGAUCCGGGACAUAGGUGGUUUUACAAGAGCCAGCUCUCUCCUGAAGAAGUGCUGUUGAUCAAGUGUUUCGACUCGAAGCUCGACGGGCGCGCUAGGAGAGUUCCACAUACGGCGUUUGAGGUUCCAGGAACUGAGGAUAAGGAGAAGAGGGAGAGCAUCGAGGUCAGGGCGUUGGUUUUCCAUUCGGAUGAUACGCUUGAGUGA